AUGGCGAAGCAGCAAGACCAGGGCAUAGCGCCCGAGGAGCCGUUUGGGAGCGUGCUGCCGUUUGCCGAACCGUCGUGGUACGGCGCGCUGGGCCGCACGAGCCCCUACUACGGCGAGUCGCACCGCCGGCUGCGGGCCUUUUGCCGCGAGUACGUCGACUCGUGGAUCGAUCAGGCGGGCGACUGGGAGGCUGCAGGCCAUGUCCCCGCCGAGCAGUAUGCCAAGCAUGCCAAGCUCGGCUUUGUCGCGACGUUUAUCAACCCCAUGGCGCCCGAAUACCUCGAGCAGGCGGGGAUCACGCUGCCUGCGGGGAUUCACAGCUCCGAGUGGGAUGCAUUCCACAGUCUUAUUGUCGCCGACGAGCUCAUGCGCUGCGGCUACCUCGGCGUCGUGUGGGCGCUGGGCGGUGGCAAUGCGAUUGGUGGGCCUCCGAUCGUCCGCUUCGGCUCCCGCGACGUCAAGGACGAGAUCCUGCCAGGCGUGAUGCGGGGCGAGAAGCGCGUCUGCCUGGGCGUGACGGAGCCUGGCGCCGGGUCCGAUGUCGCGCAGCUCAAGACGACGGCGGUGCGCUCGGCUGACGGGAGCCACUACGUGGUGAAUGGGCAGAAAAAGUGGAUUACCAACGCCGUCUUUGCCGACUACGUCACGGCCGUCGUGCGUACGGGCGAGCCCGAUUCUGGUGCGGCGGGGAUCAGUGUCCUCGUCGUGCCCCUCGCGCUGCCCGGCGUCGAGCGGAAGCACCUGGCCAACAGCGGCGUCGCCGCCUCGGGCUCGACGCUCAUCACGUUUGACGAUGUGAAAGUGCCAUCGCGCUACCUCCUCGGUCGUGAAAAUGAAGGGUUCCGAAUCGUCAUGUCCAACUUCAACGGCGAGCGCCUGGCACUGGCCAUCCAGGCGUGCCGCAUGUCGCGCGUGUGCAUCGAGGACAGCUACGCGUACGCAUGCAAGCGCGUCGUCUUUGGCCGCCCGCUGAUCGCCCAGCCCGUGAUCCGGGCCAAGAUUGCCGACAUGGGCCGCGCCGUCGAGCGGCUCCAGGCCUGGAUCGAGGCGCUGGCCCACACGGCGCGCGCAGCUACAAAGCAGGCCGGCGACAUGGACCUCGCCGGCCGCGUGGCACUGCUCAAGGUCGAGAGCGGCCGCUGCCUCGAGCUCGUCAACCGCGAGGCGCAGCAGAUCCUCGGCGGGCUCUCGUUCCAGCGCGGCGGCGACCACGCAGGCGCGCGCAUCGAGCAGAUCGGCCGCGACCUCCGCGUCAUGGUCGUCGGCGGCGGCAGCGACGAGAUCCUCACCGACCUGGGUACGCGCAUGGAGAAGAUGAAGGCCGACAGUCGGCUGUAG